AUGUCUCUUAUUAGUUGCGACCCGCUGAUCUACCAGAACAUUCAAAACGAUGUGCGCCCGACUUCCAGGUUGGCCUUUCUGUCAGUCAUCGGCUCUGCAAGCUUGUGGGCGAUGGGAAUGAACUUAACUUUUCAAUUCUUUGUUCGGUCGCAUUACAAAGAGAGCCGUCCACUGCUCAGUUUUCUGGUUAUCUGGGUUGUAAUAAUGGAUACUGUCCGUCAAGCAUUUACGAUACGAGAUAUGACGGUUGGAGACAACGCAGCCCAAUGGAUUGUCGCGAUGUCUACCAUCCCUCUAUGUGGGUCCAUAUUCUUUGGCUCUGCGGCCAUUUAUUUCUUUUCGGCAUUGGUUUCAAUACCGACCCAAUCGUUAUUCAUAUACCGGGCCUGGGCUUUUAGCGGGAGAAAGCGAUGGAUUCCAAUUAUCAGCGCCCCGUUUCUCUUGUUUCAGCUAGUCUUCCCUAUAGUCCUAUGGCAUCUCGAAAGUUGCAAGCAUCGACAAAGUUGUAAUUUGUUGUCGUAUUAUCAUAUCCUGCGGGAUAUUUUCAUCGCAUCUUGUGCUUCAAGCGCGCUUAUCGACGGCGUGACGUCUGUCAGUUUGACUUUUCUUCUCUGGAAGAGGUACCUUGCUCGCGAGAGCCUAGGAUCGACAAACUCUAUCCUCCUUCGACUGAUGCUGCUAUCGGCGAAUACGGGCAUGUGGACGGCCAUCGUUGCGGUGUUCCUGAUCAUAGAGCUUCUCAUAGCUGUUCCAAAUAAUAUCUUCCCCAUCCCUGGGUGUUACCAACUGCUAUCGCCCCUCUACUUCGUCACUGUCCUCGUCAAUCUCAACUCGCGCCGUUUCGUUCGUGAUGCCGCAAACCGGGCAAAGAACCAGUUCUCCUCUAUCCGCCUCGAUUUGAGAAAUGCAAACUUCAACAGGCCUGCAACAUCAGGAGUGGCGAGUGCUUUGCAUUACAAUUUCCCGUCUCGGUUCUUGACAGAAAAUGAGCACAGGAAUCUGAGGGAACGGACGUCAUCGAUAUCAAACCUAUGA